AUGUGCGACGCGCUGGCGCCGAUGUACUCGCUGUGCCCCUACCUCGCCAACGACGGGCUCGGGUUCCCUGCGGGCGGGACCAACCUGUCGUCGCUCCUGCCGCGGCAGCUGCUCGGGUCGUGGUACGCGUCCGACCAGUUCGCGCUGGAGCACAUCGUGCACCGCCGCCUGCUCUCCCACAGCUGCCGCACGACGGACCCGGCGCGCGCCGCGGCGUUCUUCGUGCCAUUCUACGCGGGGCUCGCCGUGGGCCGACACCUGUGGGCGGCCAACGCCACCGGUGCCGACAGGGACAGGGACUGCGUCGCGCUGCUGUCGUGGCUCCACGCGCAGCCGUGGUACCGACGGUCCCACGGCUGGGACCACUUCAUCGCGCUGGGCCGCAUCACGUGGGACUUCCGCCGCACGACGGACGCCGGGUGGGGCGGCAGCUUCCUCACCAUGCCCGGGGUGGCCAACGUCACCCGCCUCGUCAUCGAGCGCGACCCCUGGGACGGCAUGGACGUCGGUAUCCCGUACCCGACCGGGUUCCACCCGCGCACCGCCGCCGACGUGCGCGCGUGGCAGCGCUACGUCGCGCGGCGCCCGCGCCCCAGGCUCUUUGCCUUCGCCGGCGCGCCGCGGUCGGCCAUCAAGGGCGACUUCCGCGCGCUGCUGCUGGAGGAGUGCCAGGCGGCCGGGGCCGCCGCCUGCGGCGCGCUGGACUGCGCCGAGGGCAGGUGCAUCAAGAACAACGCGCUCGUCAUGGAGCUCUUCAUGGGCGCCAGGUUCUGCCUGCAGCCGCGCGGGGACAGCUUCACGCGGCGCUCGCUGUUCGACUGCCUGGUGGCGGGCGCCGUCCCCGUGCUGUUCUGGCGGCGGAGCGCGUACCGGCAGUACGGGUGGUACCUGCCCGUGGACGGGCGCGAGGGGAGUGGUCCGUGUUCAUCGACCGCGACCAGCUCCGCGCGGGGAACCUCACGGUGCGCGGCGUGCUGGCGGCAAUCCCGGAGUCGCGGGUGCGGCUGA